UAAAUAGCCCCUAAUUCCUCAAUAAAAUACCCCUAAAAACCUUAUCAAGUGUUUCUUCUUCGUUGGUAACCUUUUCUAUGAACUUCCCUUAAAUCUUGUUUCUCAAGUACUCCAGAAUGUUGAGAAGAACGACAAUCAAGCAAGUGAUUUCCAGUCCCGAUGAUGAUGAGAGCCCAAAGAUGUUACUAAAACAUGGGGGAAGUGGCAAAAGAAGAGGUAAAAGAAGAAGGGUUGCCGUUGUCGCGAUGUUUACGUUAAGGCUUGUUAAAAGAUCCUUUUCACCGGCAAGAUUGUUGAGGCGUCUUGGAGAUAAAGUCGUGAGGGCUUUACGGUUGGUGUCGAUUAGAAGGAAGUCUAUGCGUAAGGUUUCUUCUUCAAAUCUUCCCAGGUCACGGUCAUUGGCCGAAUCUAUCGACUCCCAUCGUGCUGAAGCUAUAGAAGAUUGCAUCGAGUUCUUGAAUUCUUCUUCGUCUUUGUCAAGAUCGAACUCAGUUUCCACAUGUUCUUGCUAGAGAUUGUGGAACUAGAACAAAAAAAAUUGUAAAUGAAACGGAAAACAAUAGGGGUAGUCUAUAUGAUUCAUUGAUUAUUUUGAUUUCCAAUAUUAUUGUUUUCAUCCUUGUACUAUACUUAACUUCGAAUUUAGUCCUUGUAUUUUGAUUUGAAUUUUUUUUUUAAAAA